UCAGAAUGUGCUCCGCUGCCCUCCUCUCUCUCUCUCUCUCUCUCUCUCUCGCAUAGCGCUCUCUGGUAACCCCGCCUCUUUUCUCCUCUUCUCAGCCCCGCGCCUCCCUCGGCCUCCUCCGCCGUCGGCUUCACAACGGACGAAAGAAGGGAAGUGACAGUUCGCGAAGGGGGCAGAACCUCUGCCAUAUUGGCACGGCCCCAAGUUGACUGUACUGUUGACUCACUGUAAUCGGUUUUACUAAGCCAACCACCGCAGCUCCGUCUCUCCCUCUGCUUCCUCCUCCCUCUGUUUCGACUGUACGCACGACGGCGACGGCGAUGAACGCGUUGGCCCCCCCUCCUUACCGCCAGUCAGUCCCCGGCAUCAAGCUUCCCCGCCUCAGCCCCUCUAAGUUAUCUCCUAGGAGUUUCAGAGUCUGUAUUGCUUCAAGCUUGAUGGAGGCGUCGCGCUAUAUACCGUCAGCCCCGAUUCUCCUCCCGGAAGGACCAUGGAAACAGAUCCUUGGAGGGGUUACAGCUGCCGAGGGAUUCAGGGCUUCUGGCAUGUUUGGUGGUUUACGUGCUAAAGGGGACAAACCUGAUCUGGCACUUCUUGUGUGUGAUGUAGAUGCUAUAUGUGCAGGUUCCUUUACCACAAACAUAGUUGCAGCUGCACCGGUUGAAUACUGUAGGAAAGCCCUAGAGAUGACCAAAACGGCACGCGCAGUGUUAAUAAAUGCUGGACAGGCCAAUGCAGCAACUGGUGAUGCGGGCUACCAAGAUGUUAUAGAAUGUGUUCACUCCCUAGCUAAUUUGCUCCAAGUGAAGCCUGAGGAAGUUCUGGUUGAAUCCACUGGCGUGAUCGGUCAAAGAAUUAAGAAGGAUGCACUGCUUAAAUCGCUUCCUAGACUAAUCAAUUCUCUGUCAGCAACUACAGAAGGGGCAGACGCUGCAGCAGUUGCAAUUACAACCACCGACCUUGUGAGCAAGAGUGUUGCAAUUGAGGCCAAGGUUGGAGGGGCUAAGGUAAGAGUUGGAGGAAUGGGAAAAGGCUCUGGGAUGAUUCACCCAAAUAUGGCUACGAUGCUUGGUGUGGUAACAACUGAUGCUGUUGUUUCGAGUGAUGUGUGGAGAAAGAUGGUGAAAGUUUCCGUUGACAGGAGUUUUAACCAGAUUACUGUAGACGGAGAUACUAGCACCAAUGAUACUGUCAUUGCUUUGGCUAGUGGUCUUUCGGGAUCAGUGAUAUCUUCUUUGGACAGUGAUGAGGGGAGACAGCUUCAGUCUUGUCUCGAUGGGGUUAUGCAAGGUCUUGCCAAAUCAAUAGCAUGGGAUGGCGAAGGAGCAACUUGCUUAAUUGAGGUCAAUGUAAGCGGGGCGGAUAGUGAAACGGACGCAGCAAAAAUUGCUCGAGCUGUGGCAUCUUCCUCCCUUGUCAAGGCUGCUGUUUACGGCAGAGAUCCAAACUGGGGAAGAAUUGCUUGUGCCGCAGGCUAUGCAGGGAUUCCUUUUCCGCCAAAUAAGCUCCGGAUAUUGCUCGGUGACAUUCUACUUAUGGAGGGUGGGCAACCACAGCACUUUGACCGAGCUGCAGCCAGUAGUUACCUCCGAAAAGCCGGUGAGAUCCAUGGCACAGUUGCAAUUCAUAUCUCAGUUGGGAAUGGAGAUGGAAGUGGGCAGGCAUGGGGCUGUGAUCUAAGCUAUGAUUACGUCAAAAUAAAUGCCGAAUAUACUACAUAGAGUACUUGAUCUUCAAUAAACUGCGUAGUCGAGUCCCUAGUCUCCUUAACCUAUUCAGAUUAAAAUUUCCCAUCAGAGAAUCAGGAGUCGCCAAUGAUUUGAACAAUGAGGAGUUCGAUUGCUUGUAGACUGUCCAUCUGUUACUUUCUGUAGCCUUCAGUCUUGCAAUUAUGUGCUAUGCUGAUGCAUGGUCUGCUUAAGUUACUCCCAGUCUUCUGAUCUUAUCCUUGUCAAGUCGCGCACGAAGUGCCACUGCACUUGAUUUAGCUAUUGCCAUCUGAAUACCUCUUUCUGUAGUUAUAUAUAAUUAUCAUGGUAGGUUUGCUCGAA